AUGUGCGAGUGGCUCGGUGGCCCGCCGCGUUUCUGCGAGCCCCGCCGCUCCAGUGCGGCACGUGCACGGGCCUUGCCCGCAUCUGGCGGAAAGGAUGAAGGGGAGGAUGCCAGAAACCGUCAGAAGGAGCUGCAGGAGCUCAUCGUCGGUGCCGAGAGUGUGGAAAGCAUUCUGGCAACGGUGCGGGAGCUCGAAGGUGCCAUCGUCAUCUCCACGGCGCUGCAUAGACUGGGAAAGGUUCCGGUGACUGCAGAGGUCUUCAAGGAUCCCCGCUUCCUCUUAUUGUUGGAGCGCUUCAGAUCACGGCUGCCCUUCUUCGGCUCACGGCAGAUCGCCAACUCCUUGCACGGGCUCGGGGUAGUCUGCUACCGUGGUGGAGGCGCCUGGGUUGAGAUGGUUUCUGUUCAAACACAGCGGCGGAUCCAUGAGUUCGAGCCACAACAUGUGUCCAAUACACUUUGGGCUUGUGCGCGAAUGCAGUUGCAAGAGCCACUGAUGCUCCGGGCACUAACAUCGCGGGCCAUUGAAGACAUUCAGCGCUUCUGUCCGCUGGACAUCUCAAUCUGCACGUGGGCCUUCGCAACCAUGAAGCGCCGUGAGCCUGAGUGGCUCCGUGCCGUGGUCCGUGCACGCUGUGAGUUCGGCGACUUCUCGCCUCAAAACAUGUCGAACUUUGUGUGGGGGCUGAGCACACUCGGCUUCCGGAAUGACAAUAUGGUGCUCGCUGUCGGACGGGAGGCAUCGAAGAAAAUCCAGGAUUUCAUUCCGCAGGAGCUUUCCAAUUUCUCCUGGGCGCUGGCCACCAUGGACCUGUGUGACAACCUGAUGCUGCGGGCCAUCGCAGAGGAGGUGGACAGACGAGGGCCCGAGGUGAACAACUGGGAUCCGCAGAGUCUCUCGAACAUGAUGUGGGCCUAUGCAACCCUCGCUCUCAAGGACGAUCCGCUGUUCCGACGCCUGCUGGAUGCCUCCAUCGAGCGCAUCCAGGAUCAUGAUACGCAGAAUCUGGCCAACAGCAGCUGGGCUGCGGCCAUGGUCGGCUUCCGCUGCUCCCGCUGGCUUACGGCGGCUUCCGCCGCUGCCGUUCGCAAGAUCCGGGACUGCCAAACGCUCCACUUGGCACAGCUCGCCUUCGCCUUCGCGCGCUUCGUCUUCAAGGGCGAGGCAGCGGGCUUCCUCCAGGCGUUGUUGGAGGAGACCCUGCGCCGGGUGGAGGAGUUCCCGCCGCAGUCUCUCUUCGAUGUGCACGAUGCCCUGAGGUUUUUCCAGGUGCUACCCAAGGCGACGAGCAUCGAGAGACGCCUCACUUGCUGCUACGAGGAGACAUUGCAUCGACUGGAGUCCUUCGCCCGGUUGGCAGCAAAUGGCCGGCCUUCGGCAGAGCAGGUGUCGACAUACCAGCGCAACGUGGAGCAAAGCGACAUCGUUACCCUCGGUGAAUAUUGGACCCUACAGUUCCUAAAGCACUUUGGUCUCCUAUGUCCCAGCAGCGAUCCUUUCAUCCCGGAUGCCCGGCAACGGAUCCUGGACUUUCGUGCGGAGGAGGCCGCCAAGGAUCCGGUGAGUCGUUCCAUCUUCCACCGGGCCCAGUGUGCCUGGCAGCUCGGCUUAGGCAAAGAGAAAGUGGACACCUUGGCCGACGGGCUCUUCGAAAGUGGCGAGCCGGUGGCCGGGGCUCCGGCAGGCCACGGCCUCUACGUUUGUCGGCUCCGCCACACUCGCGAAGGGGAUGCGGAGGUGCAGGCCUUGUGUGCAGCCCUGGACACCAGUGUUCUCCGAAGUGGGCGCGUGCCUACAGGCCUCACCUUGAACCUUCACCUCUCGGAUGUACCUUGCGUCUCCUGUUUGGGCUGUACGCUGCAAUUUCAGUUCCGCUUCCCGGGGGUUCUGCGCGUGUCCUUUGACAGAGGGCGGGUGCUCAGCAAGGACUCUGUGCCCAUCCCAAGGCCACCACCGCCGCCGUCCAGGAAGGGCAACCCGAUCCCUUAUGCCCCGAUGCCCAAUGCGCCACGAGCAGACGGUGUCGAUCGUAGCAUGAUCCGCAAGGAGCUCCCGGACAGGAGUGCCGACACAACUUCCUUCUACCUGAACCCACUCCUUGCAUCGCGGAGGCCAAACGGUGCCAGCAAAGGUGGCGAGGAAGCGGUUCCACAUAAAAUGGUGCGAAGCCGGAACGGCAGUCAGCAAACCUACUAUUUUUCCUCUGCGCCGACCUUCUUCGACAGUGACGAUUAUGAGUCCUACUAG